AGGUUAGGUUUUCCAUAUUUUCCCUCGUUUUUUGUUUUUUCUUCCUCUCACCAGCAUUAAUUUUGCUCUGCUUUUACAGUACGGAAAUCGAUUUUCUAGUUUUAAAAGUGAAGCUUCAAGAAGUACUCUGUGAUCGAUUGUUAUCUUUUCCUAAUUACUCUAAUUGUAACCAUCGAAAAACGUUCUACAAGACAAGAUUUCAGUGCUGCCUUUGGUGAUCAUGGAUGUCGAUGAUCAUUAUGAUCGAACACUUAAUGAUGUUAAGACUGUAAUUACUCAUGCCAAACUCGAGGAGGACGAUUUACAUCCUGUCUCUCAAAACAUAUAUUUUGGCACUCGAUUUGAGAAUUUCAAAUUUCUAGAAUUGAACAAUACAGUAUUGGAACAUUUGGAGGUUGGGCAAAGAGUCGUAUUUCGUGGAGAAGAGGAUGACAGAGCCGUCUUGUGCACUGAAUCUCAAACAUAUGAAGUGAAAGAAGCAGAGACUUCCAACUCUAUGCUCCUAGUACCUAAUUUGCGAUGGCCAGAAGACAUGCUGCCAAGUGUAAAUGACGAUCGAAUGCUAGAGAGACGAGAAAUUGUUGGUAUUCACUAUAGUUACUAUGAACUCAGGGUUUGCAAGCCUCGUCUGAAGAAAUUGAGACGCAUUCUUCAAGAAAGUGCGUAUCGAGGAUCAGAGUUGGAAAGUGAACUCCAAGAAUCCAAUGUCAAAUUUUAUACAAGCGAUGAUUUGGAAACGAUUCAGGCCAGCAAAGAAGAACUAAAGGAUGCACUGAAUGUGAUCGACGCUGUGUGUUUAAAUGGUUAUUGGCGAGUACUAGACUUUGACUACCACUAUAGGAUCCUUUCAUUAUUCUUGGAUUUGAUCAACUCAAAUUCUUGGUCCAUAGAAUCCAUCCCAGCAGCAGAGGUCCUCUCAGAAUUGAAAGACUUGAUCCCAGAGUUGAUUUUGCAACAUUUAGUCAAAAUAUACACAGAUCCAGUAGAAAAUUCUGACAGUGGAUCCAUGGUGAAGUUAAAAGCAGACAAGGUGUGUCGAUUUUUAGCGGAAGCAUUGCUGAGGUCACUCAACCGGUUCAAUCUCAAAGAUUUCCUCAAGGCGUGGCAAGACAGUGUCCCUGAAGGCUUAAAAGUUGAUGUAAAACAGUUAGAGGGGCUGGCAUUAAUUGACUCUGACACCAAGCCUCCGAUAAUUUCGCUGUAUCCAGAAUCUGAUCUCCCAGAGGAGAUUCAACCAAGAAUCGAAGAAUUGUUCACUGUCAGGGAGAAGUGGACUUUUGAUCAAAUUAAGCCUUAUGUUGAACCUCUAGCCACAGCACAGCUGAAUGUGAAUGCCUUACUUACCAAGUAUGCACGACCUUUCUUCGUUCAGAAUGUCAAGCAUUACUGUGCUCGUCAUAAGAAAUGACUCUAUUUCAUGAGCCUCUCUCCAAUGUUCCUGUAAUACCAAUAUUUACAUUUCUGCAUCAGUCUUAAGUGGUUUUUUAAGAGUACAAAAUUACUGCCCAUCUCUCCUCACAGGUAGAAAAUAUUCUUUUUUUCCGUAAAAUUAUUUAUGCAGAAUCAACCCUCAGUUCAUUUCAGCAAUCUUUAUAGUAAAAAAUUUCAGGAAAAAUGUUGUGGUGCAUUCUUGUCAUAACUGAAUCAUCACACAUGAUGAACAUUCUUCGGCAAAGAGAAUCCAAGGUGAAAUAAUCAUGAGUAGUAAUCACAAUUUCAGCGUAAAACCUUUGUCUAAAAUAAUGUGAAGCUCGGAUCUCUAUUUGACUUGUGUCAAUUCCAGCCUGUUCCAUUUUUGCACUAAUCAAGUCGCUUGUAUAAUUUGCACAAAAUGACAUCAUCAAGGAAAUCCUGUGAGUAAAACUGCACUCUAUGUACUCAAAAAGCCUAACAAACCUGAUGAUUUUCUAAUAUUACAUCCGCAUGGAAUUGGAUCAGAUGUAAUGAGAAAGAUCAACAAAGUACAUAAGAGGAAAAGAUUUUGCUCCUGCUUAAAAAAAAGGCCUCUUCGUAGAAGAACAGUAGGAGUGAAAACGGUGAAUGAAGUUUCCUCAUAGGAGUUCUCCGAGUCAUGAAACACCUUUUGCAUUUUUUACAUCAUUCUAUUCUAUCAAGAGGCAGACUGACCGUCUAGUUUCAGUUUUCUAUGUAUAUUUGUUUGUUCAAACUGAACUAAAAUUGGUCAUGAACUUUUAUUCAGUUUCUGCUGUUUUUAUUUUAAGUAUUCAAGUUCUUGAAUUGCUCGUACAUAAUAUGACCAGUAUCAGUGUGUAACUGAUUUCCAGUUUCCUUUCUUAUCUCAUUUUAUUAGCGGAAAACCGAAAAAAAAUUCCAUCGCAGUUUCGCGAGCUUAUUUUUAAUCCUCUUGAAAAGACUUUUACCAAAA